GGGGCUCAGGGCUACCUUCAACAACACCCUAUUUUACAUUUUCACCCAACCAAAAGUAUUUGUGAAAGAAAUAAAGAGAGACUUCUCCUUGUCGAGCUUUAACAAUGGCGUCAGGUUGGGGAAUAUCAGGGAACAAAGGAAGAUGCUACGACUUCUGGAUUGACUUCAGUGAGUGUAUGUCUCAUUGCCGCGAACCUAAAGAUUGCUCUCUCCUUCGCGAAGAUUACCUUGAGUGUCUUCAUCACUCUAAAGAGUUUCAAAGAAGAAACAAGGUUUACAAGGAAGAGCAGCGUCAGAUAAGAGCAGCUGCAAGGAAGGCGAAGGGUGAAGACGAUAGCAAAAGUCAUCACUGAUACUAGCUAUUAUGGCUGAUCUGAAAUUUCCGGAAUAAAUUACAUACCAAAUCUUUUUGUAAUUGAUUUAAAUUGGCAUUAGCUGCGUAUGCAUGUUUGGAGUGCUCAGUCUGACUUUUGCAAUUCAUCAUCUGCAAUUGAUGAGGAGGUUUUUAUCCAUAUUUGCAUUUGAGAUCGAGUGUAAUGCUUUACUUUGCACAAUUUCUUUUUGAAAUAUUUGACUAUGAGUGUGGAGGUUUGAAUGUUUUUCA